AAUGGAUUAACCUGGUAAGAGGAAAUAGUCAAGAUCUUUUGAAGAUAGCGAAGUAGCAAUUUUAACAUAAGUUAUAGUAUAGGGGGAAGUCGUUUUGGGAAGGUGGACAAAAGAUGAACAUUAAAGAUUUGUAGAAGCAUUGAGUAUUCAUGGGAAAAACUGGAAAAAAGUUGAAGAAUAUGUUGGUACUAGAAGUGGUGCUCAAAUAAGGUAUUUUCAUAUUUUAAAUUAAGAUCUCAUGCACAAAAGUUUUUCAAUAGAUUAGAGAAAGAGUUUAAUAAAUAAUUUAAUGGUCUUAAGAGUUCAGAGAUUAAACAGAUUUUUGAAAAUAAACGAUUCCAUCAUUAUACAGAAGGUGAUUAAACAUAAAAAAGAUAAAGGACAGGGUCUAUUAAUGGUAAUAAAAAUAUCUUUUACAUUUAAUAUAUAGAUAUUUCUGAAGAUGACAUUUAAGGAAAUUUAGAGUCUAUGCAAGUAGAAUCCAAUCAAUUAUUACAGCAAUAAUAAUAAUAAUAGGUUAAGAUACAAUUACAACAAGGAAUUCUUGAUCUUAAUCUACCUGAUUCUUGUUAGCAUCAUUAAAAUACAAAUGAUCAAAUCACUAAAUAUUAAUAAUAAUAAAAUAAAUUACAAUAAAAGAUAUAAGAAAUUGUUGAUAAAAAUUAUCCAGAAGAAUUAAUUAAAGAAAUUUGUGAUUUACACAAAGAGAAAGAUCAAAUUAUGGCUAUAGAAUAAAUUUAAAAUGCUUAUUAAUCAAUAGCAGAAGUAAAUCAAAUUGAAUAACAAUAAUCUUUAAAAUAAUAGUAACCAUAAUCAAUUCAAUCAGAUUAAUAAUAAUAAUAAUAAUAAUAAUAAUAAUAAAAGAUCAAUACUUAAAUAAAUGAAGAAUCAAGACCUGGAACAGACGAAUCAUUCUUUCACUUUAUUAUGUAUUGAUUCUUUCAAGUAUUAGGGCAAGAAAUUAGAAGUAUAUUAAUAAUAGGAAAUUGAGUUUAUCAGAUUUAAUAGAUGUACAAAAGAAAGAUGAAAAAACAUAAGAAUCAGAAUUGUAGGAGUAAAAAUAACAAUAAUAAUAAGAAAAUGAAGGAUAAAGGAGUAGAAAAUAAUCAUUUACUUUUUAUAACGAUUAGGUUGAAGAUAAUGAACUCAGAUAUUAGACACUAAAGAAAAACAAGAAAGAAUAAUGA